AUGGCAGUGGACGAAUGCCACAAGAACUAUGGAAAGGUUGUGAGGAUUCAGCCAAACCAUGUUAGUAUUGCAGACGACAGUGCCAUCAACAUUAUAUAUGGUCAUGGUAACGGCUUUUUGAAAGCUGAGUACUACGAUGCCUUUGUCUCCAUCCGACGAGGUCUUUUCAAUGUUCGAGAUCGAGCAGAGCAUACACGAAAGCGGAAGAUUGUUUCGCACACGUUCAGUGCUAAGUCAAUUGGUCAAUUCGAACAAUACAUACACGCCAACCUCGAGUUGUUUCUGAGGAAGUGGAUGCAGAAGUCCCAGGAAGCCAAGGCUACUGGUGGUUAUGCUUCGCUUGAUUCGUUGACUUGGUUCAACUACCUCGCUUUCGACAUCAUAGGAGAUCUAGCUUUCGGAGCACCUUUUGGUAUGCUCGAGAAGGAAAGAGACAUGGCAGAGAUUCGAUCUUCACCUGAUGCACCAGCGAAGACUGCACCUGCUAUAGAGGUGCUUAAUCGUAGAGGCGAGGUUAGCGGCGCUCUAGGUUGUUAUCCGCAACUUAAGCCUUACGCCAAAUACCUGCCAGAUCCAUUCUUUAGCCGUGGUGUCGAGGCUGUACAAAACCUGGCUGGAAUUGCGAUAGCCCGAGUGAAGGACCGAUUGGACAACCCUUCGGAUCGUGUCGACCUUCUAGCUCGAUUGAUGCAGGGCAAAGAUGCUAAGGGCGAACCACUCGACCGUGAAGAACUUACCGCUGAAGCCCUGACACAGCUCAUUGCGGGAAGUGAUACAACCAGCAAUACCUCAUGCGCAAUCUUGUACUACAUCCUCCGUACGCCACAUGUUCUGCCCAAAUUACAGAAAGAACUCGACGCAGCAGAUAUUCCGCUCGGAAGCGUUCCCAAUUACGAAGCAGUAAAAGACCUACCGUAUGUCGACGCUGUCAUCAAUGAGACCAUGCGAAUCCACUCAACGAGUUCACUUGGUCUGCCACGUCUCGUUCCUGCCAUGUCUCCCGAAAACCCAAAUCCCAAGCCAAUUGAAAUCCUAGGCUACACUUUCCCUCCAGGGACUGCUCUAAGUGUGCCAUCCUACACGAUUCACCACAGCAAGGAGAUCUGGGGCAAGGACGCCGACGAGUUUGUGCCAGAGCGGUGGCAGAAGGACCGAAUCACAGAGCGGCAAAAGGAAGCAUUCAUCCCCUUCUCCUACGGCCCAAGAGCAUGUGUGGGACGAAACGUGGCCGAGAUGGAGUUGAAGUGUAUUGUUGGCACAGUGUUCCGGAAUUUCGAGUUCAGAGACGAAGACGACAGUCCUGUUCUAGAGACACGAGAAGGAUUUCUCAGGAAACCACUUCAUUUCAACGUUGCUGUAAAGAAGCGUGAACAGUAA